AUGACACCUUGGCAGAUUCUCCAUGCGAGCAAAGCGUCCCGGGCGGCUCCAGGUUACCCAGCUCAUCAUGGACACGGAGUCGCGGUGCAUUACAGCACUGAUGCUGCAGCUCCAGAUGGCAGCAGGAGUUUCUGCAUGUCCACAGACAAACUCACCAUGCAGGAGCUGAACAGCAGGCUGGCAUCGUACCUGCAGCAGGUGCAGUGUCUGGAGGCGUCCAAUCAGAAGCUGGAGUGUCAGAUCCUGCAGGAGCUGGACAGGAAGUGUCCCGGAGACCUCGAAGAGCUGGACGGAUACCUGAAGAUGGUGUCGCUGCUGCAGGAGCAGAUCACUGAGAGUCUCUCGGUUCAGGGUCAACUGAAGCUGCAGCUGCUCACUGCAGAGCUUCAAGCCUUUAACCUUAAAGUCAGGUGUGAAAAUGAGCAGGAGAACCGCGGCCGUGUGGAGGCGGAGCUUAACAACCUGAGGCUGCAGGACGAAGAGCUGAUGACGCACAAACUGCCGGAGCUCCAGAAUCUCCUCAAAGGUCAAACACAACAGAUGAUGGAGCUGCAGAUACAACACCAGCAGAAUGUGCAGGGUCUCCUGGCCCAAGCGUCAAGGGGCGUCGCCGUGGAGAUGCAGCUUGGCCAGUCAGCAGACCUGAAACUGCAGCUGAACGACCGCAGACACACAAGUGUGACGCUGUUCGACCACAACUUAGAUGAGAGUUGCUUCAACAAUCAGGUGCCCACGUUGACCUUUGACAGUCCGGCGGUGUCCGAGGUCGCCACAGUUGGGCUGAAGCAGCUGAGGGCAACAGCAGCGAGUCUGGAGGAAGAGCUGAUGCUACUGCAGGCUCAGAACAUGCAGCUGGAGAGUUAUGGGCAGCAGCAGAUGGAGUCCUCUGCCCUGCAGCUGGAGUUCCUGCAGCAGAGAGCAGACAGUCUGUGCAGUGAUCUGGACUCGGCGCUGCAGGCUGCAGCUCAGCAGGCUGCGAAUCAUCAGGACCUGCUGGACGUCAAGAGCCGGCUGGAGAUUGAGAUACAGAACUAUCGGAGGCUGCUGGACGGACGAGGCUGCCAGUGGGUCUCCAAGCCUGCUGAUAUGUCUUUCUGUGCUCCUUCCAAUACUGCUGCCUUCAGGAGAAAACUUAUACAGGACAAAACAGUCAGUUUUCAGGAAGGAAAUCUAAAUAUGGGUGCAGAUCAGAUUCAAAGCUACAUCGACACUGUCCAACAAACACCCCUAUUCUACCCACUCCCAGAAACAGUGACCACAUUUGGGUCAAUUAGAGUCCAAAACAACUCACCACUGACAUCAAUUAACACUUCAAAACUGAUUGGCUAUCAGUCUGAAAACAAGUCUGAAAACCAGAGAACAGGAGCUCUUUCUGAUAAGACCGAGAUGGAAUCAAUGAUGAUCAACAGGUUCAGCAGUCUUGUAGAAGAUAAAGUCCAUGCUAUAAAUUUGGAGACCAUAGAAGUUGGUUUUAAAGAAGGGACAAACACUAACACAGAGAUCACAGAGACUGUUACUGGUGCAGAUGUAAAGCAAGAAUCACAUUUCAUCACACAGACAACCGUAACUGAUCCCAGCACACAAACUCUUGCAGAGGUAGUCAUACAGACAGAAACUGCUGAACUGGAUUGCACUGAGGGUUACGUCCAUGAUUCAAACCAAGAUCCAGCACAGGUUGUCUCUUUGACAUUGGACACUCAAGCAGAAGUGGUCAGCGAUGACAACAACAGAGAAGAGGUAGAGGUAAAAGUAGAGGGUACUUCGCUUGUCCAUGGAUUAGAUAAGAGUUUGUCUUUGUGCGACAAGUCCAAAAGUAAACAAAACGACGUGAAGGAGGAUGCAGUUGUAGGGUUCGGCCUGCUAACUGCUUCAUCCUGUAGCACAAACAGUGAUGACAUCCUUGUCAGAGAGAGUAAAACUGCAAGUGCAGAGACUUUGAGGAAAUCAAUGACAAUCAACAGGUGGAGCAGCCUUUUAGAAGAUAAAGUCCACUCUGUAGAUCCUGUUCUGCUUAACCAAUCAAUUGUUGGCAUUCAGAUUAGCCAGGGUGUUGAGGAAAGAUCUAAUCUGUCUUUGAAGUUGGAGACUCAAGCAGAAGUGGUCAAGGAUGCAGGUGAAGUUGCUGUUAGAGCAUUUGAAGUGUCUGGAUCUGAAGGGGUUCAAGAUGAAGUCUCCUGUGAGGUGACCCUGAUGGAUGACAAGAACAGAGAAGAGGUAGAGGUAGAAGUAGAGGGUACUUCGCUUCUCCAUGGAUUAGAUCAGAGUUUGUCCUUGUGUGAUGAGUCCAACAGCAAACAAAAAGAUGUGACGGAGGAUGCAGAUGUAGGGUCCGGCCUUCUAAGUGCUUCAUCCUGUAGUGCAAACAGUGAUGACAUCCUUGUCAGAGAGAAUAAAACUGCAAGUGCAGAGGCUUUGAGGAAAUCAUUGACAAUCAACAGGUGGAGCAGCCUUUUAGAAGGUAAUGUCCACUGUACAGAUCCUGAUCUGCUUGACAAAUUGACUGUUGGCAUUCAGAUUAGCCAGGAUGUUGAGGAAAGAUCUAUCAUGUCUUUGAAGUUGGAGACUCAAGCUGAGGUGGUUAAGGAUGAAGGUAAAGUUGCCGUUACAGCAUUCGAAGUGUCUGGAUCUGAAGGGGUUCAGGGUGAAGUCUCCUGUGAGGUGACCCUGAUGGAUGACAAGAACAGAGAAGAGAUAGAGGUAGAGAGUACUUCACUUGUCCAUGGAUUAGGUCAGAGUUUGUCAUUGUGCGACAAGUCCGACAACAAACAAAAAGACGUUAAGGAGGAUGCAGAUGUAGGGUCUGGCCUUCCAACUACUUCAUCCUGUAGCACAAACAGCAGUGACAUCCUUGUCAGAGAGAGUAAAACUGCAAGUGCAGAGGCUUUGAGGAAAUCAAUGACUAUCAACAGGUGGAGCAGCCUUUUAGAAGGUAAUGUCCACUCUACAGAUCCUGAUCUGCUUAACAAAUCGAUAGUUGGCGCUCAGAAUAGCCAGGGUGUUAAAGAAAGAUCUGUUGUGUCUUUGAAGUUGGAGACUCAAGCAGAAGUGGUCAAGGAUGCUGGUCAAGUUGAUGUUAGAGCAUUUGAAGUGUCUGGAUCUGAAGGGGUUCAGGCUGAAGUCUCCUGUGAAGUGACCCUGAUGGAUGACAAGAACAGAGAAGAGAUAGAAGUAGAAGUAGAGGGUACUUCCCUUGUCCUUGGAUUAGAUCAGAGUUUGUCUUUGUGUGACGAGUCCAACAGUAAACAAAAAGACAUGAAGGAAGAUGCAGAUGUAGGGUCUUACCUUGCAACUGCUACAUCCUGUAAUGCAAACAGCGAUGACAUCCUUGUCAAAGAGAGUAAAACUGCAAGUGCAGAGGCUUUGAGGAAAUCGAUGACUAUCAAUAGGUGGAGCAGCCUUUUAGAAGGUAAUGUCCACUCUACAGAUCCUGAUCUGCUUGACAAAUCGAUUGUUGGCACUCAAAUUAGCCAGGGUGUUGAGGAAAGAUCUGUUGUGUCUUUGAAGUUGGAGACUCAAGCAGAAGUCAUCAAGGAUGCAGGUCAAGUUGAUGUUAGAGCAUUUGAAGUGUCUGGAUCUGAAGGGGUUCAGGCUGAAGUCUCCUGUGAGGUGACCCUGAUGGAUGACAAGAACAGAGAAGAGGUAGAGGUAGAAGUAGAGGGUACUUCCCUUGUCCUUGGAUUAGAUCAGAGUUUGUCUUUGUGUGACGAGUCCAACAGUAAACAAAAAGACAUGAAGGAAGAUGCAGAUGAAGGAUCUGACCUUGCAACUGCUACAUCCUGUAAUGCAAACAGCGAUGACAUCCUUGUCAAAGAGAGUAAAACUGCAAGUGCAGAGGCUUUGAGGAAAUCAAUGACUAUCAACAGGUGGAGCAGCCUUUUAGAAGGUAAUGUCCACUCUACAGAUCCUGAUCUGCUUGACAAAUCGAUUGUUGGCACUCAAAUUAGCCAGGGUGUUGAGGAAAGAUCUGUUGUGUCUUUGAAGUUGGAGACUCAAGCAGAAGUCGUCAAGGAUGCAGGUCAAGUUGAUGUUAGAGCAUUUGAAGUGUCUGGAUCUGAAGGGGUUCAGGCUGAAGUCUCCUGUGAGGUGACCCUGAUGGAUGACAAGAACAGAGAAGAGGUAGAGGUAGAAGUAGAGGGUACUUCCCUUGUCCUUGGAUUAGAUCAGAGUUUGUCUUUGUGUGACGAGUCCAACAGUAAACAAAAAGACAUGAAGGAAGAUGCAGAUGAAGGAUCUGACCUUGCAACUGCUACAUCCUGUAAUGCAAACAGCGAUGACAUCCUUGUCAAAGAGAGUAAAACUGCAAGUGCAGAGGCUUUGAGGAAAUCAAUGACUAUCAACAGGUGGAGCAGCCUUUUAGAAGGUAAUGUCCACUCUACAGAUCCUGAUCUGCUUGACAAAUCGAUUGUUGGCACUCAAAUUAGCCAGGGUGUUGAGGAAAGAUCUGUUGUGUCUUUGAAGUUGGAGACUCAAGCAGAAGUCGUCAAGGAUGCAGGUCAAGUUGAUGUUAGAGCAUUUGAAGUGUCUGGAUCUGAAGGGGUUCAGGCUGAAGUCUCCUGUGAGGUGACCCUGAUGGAUGACAAGAACAGAGAAGAGGUAGAGGUAGAAGUAGAGGGUACUUCCCUUGUCCUUGGAUUAGAUCAGAGUUUGUCUUUGUGUGACGAGUCCAACAGUAAACAAAAAGACAUGAAGGAAGAUGCAGAUGAAGGAUCUGACCUUGCAACUGCUACAUCCUGUAAUGCAAACAGCGAUGACAUCCUUGUCAAAGAGAGUAAAACUGCAAGUGCAGAGGCUUUGAGGAAAUCAAUGACUAUCAACAGGUGGAGCAGCCUUUUAGAAGGUAAUGUCCACUCUACAGAUCCUGAUCUGCUUGACAAAUCGAUUGUUGGCACUCAAAUUAGCCAGGGUGUUGAGGAAAGAUCUGUUGUGUCUUUGAAGUUGGAGACUCAAGCAGAAGUCGUCAAGGAUGCAGGUCAAGUUGAUGUUAGAGCAUUUGAAGUGUCUGGAUCUGAAGGGGUUCAGAGUGAAGUCUCCUGUGAGGUGACCCUGAUGGAUGACAAGAACAGAGAAGAGGUAGAGGUAGAAGUAGAGGGUACUUCCCUUGUCCUUGGAUUAGAUCAGAGUUUGUCUUUGUGUGACGAGUCCAACAGUAAACAAAAAGACAUGAAGGAAGAUGCAGAUGUAGGGUCUGGCCUUCCAGCUGCUACAUCCUGUAGUGCAAACAGCGAUGACAUCCUUGUCAGAGAAGGUAAAACUGCAAGUGCAGAGGCUUUGAGGAAAUCAAUGACUAUCAACAGGUGGAGCAGCCUUUUAGAAGGUAAUGUCCACUCUACAGAUCCUGAUCUGCUUAACAAAUCGAUAGUUGGCACUCAGAUUAGCCAGGGUGUUGAAGAAAGAUCUGUUGUGUCUUUGAAGUUGGAGACUCAAGCAGAAGUGGUCAGGGAUACAGGUGAAGUUGCUGUUACAGCAUUUGAAGUGUCUGGACCUGAAGGAGUUCAGAGUGAAGUCUCCUGUGAGGUGACCCUGAUGGAUGAGAAGAGCAGAGAAGAGGUAGAGAUAAAAGUAGAGGGUACUUCGCUUGUCCAUGGAUUAGAUCAGAGUUUGUCCUUGUGUGAUGAGUCCAACAGCAAACAAAAUGACGUGAAGGAGGAUGCAGAUGUAGGGUCCAGCCUGCUAACUGCUUCAUCCUGUAGCACAAACAAUGAUGACAUCCUUGUCAGAGAGGGUAUAACUGCAAGUGCAGAGACUUUAAGGAAAACAAUGACAAUCAACAGGUGGAGCAGCCUUUUAGAAGAUAAAGUCCACUCGGUAGAUCCUGAUCUGCCUAAGAAAACAAUGGUUGGCACUCAGAUUAGCCAGGGUGUUGAGGAAAGAUCUAAUCUGUCUUUGAAGUUGGAGACUCAAGCAGAAGUGGUCAAGGAUGAAGAUAAAGUUGCUAUUACAGCAUUCAAAGUGUCUGGAUCUGAAGGGGUUCAGGGUGAAGUCUCCUGUGAGGUGACCCUGAUGGAUGACAAGAACAGAGAAGAGAUAGAAGUAGAAGUAGAGAGUACUUCGCUUGUCCAUGGAUUAGAUAAGAACUUGUCCUUUUGCGAUGUGUCCAACAGCAAACAAAACAACAUAAAGGAGGAUGCAGAUGCAGGGCCUGGCCUUCUUAUUGCUUCACCCUGUAUCUCAGACAGAAAUGAUAACCUUAACACAAAGAGUAUAAAUGCGAGUGCAGAGACUUUGAGGAAAUCAAUAACUGUAAACAGGUGGAGUAGCCUUUUAGAGCCUAAAGUCCACUCUAUAGAUCCUGAUUUGCUUAACAAAUCGAUUGUUGGCACUCAGAUUAGCCAGGGUGUUGAGGAAAGAUCUGUUGUCAUGUCUUCUAAAACUGAGAUAAAUACGACAAUAGGAAUUACCAGUUCGCUUCCUAACACACAACCUGUUGGGAGUGCUGGUGUUCAGGAUGAACCAGAGUCUUUUUUUCUCAAACAAACUACCAUGGAAGUUAAAGCGACAGAAACUGCUCAAAUAGAUUGCACUGAGGACUACGUCCACGCUAAGAACGAAAAUCCAGCACAGGUUGUGUCUUUGAAGUUGGAGACUCAAGCAGGAGUGGUCAGGGAUGCAGGUGAAGUUGUUGUUACAACAUUCGAAGUUACUGGAUCUGAAGGGGUUCAGGGUGAAGUCUCUUGUGAGGUGACCUUGAUGGAUGACGAGAACAGAGAAGAGGUAGAGGUAGAGGGCACUUCGCUUGUCCGUGGAUUAGAUCAGAGUUUCUCCCUAUGCGAUGAGUCCAACAGUAAACAAAACGAGGUGAAGGAGGAUGUAGAUGUAGGGUUCAGUCUUCCAACUGCUUCAUCCUGCAAGGCAAACAGUGAUGACAUCCUUGUCAGAGAGAGUACUACUGUACAGAGUACAGAGAUUAUGAAGGAAGCAGAAUUAGAGGUGAAUAGGGAAGAGGUAGUCACUGGUUUCCAUGUUACGAAUGGGGUAAAGCUGGCAAGUCUAACAGAUUGUGGUGUGAUCUUGAGUUCAUGUGAUGAUGAGGAGCCUCUGAGCACAACAGUGCCUGUCACAUGUCCCAUAGAGACAGAAGUAUGUCCAAUUGACCCCAAAAUGAAUUUAAGCCAAAAUGACCCAGAAACAUGUCUGAGUAAAGUUGAGGCCAAGGUGUGUCUGAGUCUGACUGGUGAAGAAGAAGAUGACAAAGUAUGCCUGAAUCUAACUGAGGCAAGUGUAUGUGUGAGACCAGUUGAGAAAUACAUUCUUUCAACAAAAGAGGAAAGCCAGUACAUAUCAUCUAGUCGAGGUCAAGCUUUGUUAGACACUGACAGAAAUAGAAAAGUUACCACAUCAGUGAAAAAUGGAAGCAGUUUGCAUUUUGAAUCAUUCGAUGGCAGUUCAGUUGGCAGUCUGGAAACCAGGCAUGGUUCAGAAGACCAGACAGAGACUCCCAAUAUGGAUAGUAAGGAGAGGGGGCAGAUAAGCAGUGAAUGUCUGGUUGAUAGCAAGGCAGAUGACAGCUUUGGAAAUGUCCCUGCUCCUGGAGGAACCAGCUUUAGAGAUGCAGAAGGUAAAAUGAGUGGCAUGGAUUGCAGCAGAGGAGGUAUGGCAGCUAGGUUUGAUGGCACGACUGCUAAUUCAGCAGGUACAGUCGGUGGUGAUACAGAUGCUGUCACUACAUCAGAGAUACAGGGUGAAAUCAGGCUUGACAGUGAGGAGUGGAUGGUUCAGGGUGGCAAUCGUGGACGGUCGAAGUUACCCAGAAAAGAGAGUGAAGAAAGCUCGCCAGUAGCCACACUCCCAGCAACAAGCCAACCAGGGACAGGGAGGUUUGGCAAAAAAGGAAGUGGGGAGUGGAUAGUUUAUGGGGGCUCUAUUGGACGUAAGAGCAGCCUGGAUGGCAAUGGUAGCUUACCUAACACGGGGAGUGAAGACAGCCCAUCAGUGGCCACGCAACUGGCAACAAAAACAUCAAGAAAAGGGAGAUUUGGCAGCACAGGGAGUGGGGAGUGGAGAGUUUAUGGUGGGAGUACUGGAAGUUUGAGUAGUGGCAGUGGCUCAGAGAGGGUCCGUGUUAGCACUAGCAGUUGCAAAAUAAUUACUACACCUGGUAACCAAAUGGGUAGUGGAAACAGAGUCAGUAGUGCUGGUAGUGUUCUUAGACGCAGUAACAGCCAAGGUAGCGCUGAAAAGUUAAGUAGCUCAGGUAGUGGCGGCAAGCUCAGCAGUUCAUCUGGAAACCACAUGAUUAGCAGCUCUGGGAAAUUCAGUACGGGCAGCGGCGAAAGUAAACCCGUUUACAGCUCAGCUAGUGGCCACAAGAGCAGCGUGGGGAGCGGGGGACAACCAGGCAGAGGGAAAACAACCACUAGACACAGAACCCACAGCCCUGCAGAGAGGAGGAGUGUCAGCGGGGGUAGCGGUGGGUGGCUGAGCAGUUCCUCUGCUGGUGGGAAUCGCAUUAGCAGCACUGGGAGUGGGUCUAAACUCAGCGGGUCAGGUAGUAUUGAGAGAAUCAACAGCAGAGGUGGGGGAAGGGGCAUGAGCUCCCCCAGAUUAGGGAGGGCCAAUAGUGCAGGGGGAAGGGUGAUCACCAGCAGCAACGGGCCAGUCAGGAGUACUGGUAGUGGAGCCGGAAACAAUCAUGAGAGAAUCAGUGUCUGUAAGAUGGCGGCACUGUCAAUGUCGGCGGCUGGGAGGGAGAGAAGUCAGGAGAGACAAAGACAAGCGCAGAGGUCCGCAAAGCAGGAGGCUUCAGCAUCUCCUCUCAUCCAGCGCUGGCUGACCUCAACUGAUGAGGUCCCAUUAGCUGAGCCCGAUGGCCUUGAUGACAUCAUUCAUCCUUGAUUGGAUAACCGGGGAGGGGCUGGCUAUCAGGCUGCAGCAUUCACAUUCAGUUAUAGUCUCUGAACAGAUUUACACAAACAUAUUUUUUAUGUAAAAAAAAUUUACAUAAAAAAUAUGUCUGUUUUUGAAUAAGGAGAUAAGGAAUAGACUUGCUGUAUUCAAGUUUUAUUUUAAAAAUACAAUUUGUUUGAAUCACAAACACUGUAGUUCAAUGUUUUCUUGACUUUUAAAAAUGUCUUUGAAAGAAUUUAGCUCAUAAU